AUGGAUGCCGAUAUAGGUGUCAUUAAUCCAAAUCAUUCACUAGAAGAAUAUUUGGAAGGAAAAAAUGAUUUUGAUUUAAUUUUUUAUGAAAGGAUAUUUAACGGGGAAAUUAUGGCUGGAAGUUAUAUUUUAAAGAAUACUCAAUUUACUAGAAAAUUCCUUUAUUAUUGGGCUGAUUAUUAUUUUAAAGUGCCUAAUAGUUUUCAUGGAACCGAUAAUGGGGCAAUACAUUCAGUAUUUCUCGAUUUGUUUUGUGAUAAUUCAAAUGAAAAUUGUUCUGAAAAAAGACGGGUUUGUUCACAUCUCUGGAAUGUUUCUCUCGAUUUUGAUACUCUAUUACCUUUUACUUUGUGUGCCAAAUAUAUACUUGGAGCUAGAAAUGUAUUUACUACUUCAAUUUCUGAUACAAAAUUUAAUAGUACAGGAAAGGUGCUUCUACUGACUGAUUUUAGGCAAUAUUGGGCAAGAGGUUAG